AUGACCCCCCUCAUACCCCUCGCCCUGCUCAGCCUCAUCUCCUACUUCAUAUACUACCAUGUUAUAAAGCCCUACUUCCUCUCUCCACUCUCUUCCAUCCCCAAUGCUCACUUCACGUCACCCAUCUCCAGCGGCUGGAUUGACCGCAAGCGCAGCACAAGCACGGAAGUCCUCGCCAUCUACGCCCUACACCAAAAGCACGGCCCCAUUGUCCGUCUCGGCCCAAAGGAGCUGAGUGUCAAUUCUCUCCAAGGUCUGAAGAUAAUAUAUACCGGCGCUUUCGAGAAACAUCCGUUCUACAACGAUGUCUUCGUCAACUUCAACACCGAAAAUUUGGUCGGCAUGGUCCACAAUGCGCCGCACGCGCACCAAAAGCGCAUGCUGAGCAAGAUUUACUCCAAGUCAUAUCUCCAGGAAUCUAGUGAUCUGCGGGCGAUCUCAAAAGUUGUGCUUUGGGAACGAUUGAUGCCUAUUCUCAAGAAGGUGGGGGAGGGUGGAGAGGUGGUGAAUGUGCUGCCCCUCUUCCAGGCUGUUGGAAUGGACUUUACCUCCUCUUUCCUGUUUGGAUUGAGACACGGGACGAGGUAUUUGUUUGAUAUUCCCGAGUGGAAGUUAUGGUUGGAAGAGUAUGAGCGGUUCAAGUAUUUGAGUCGAGACGAUCGGUUUAUGGGAUUCAUUGAGGGGUGGUGCUUAGGGUUAUGCGCGGGGGUGGAAGCAUCUCAAAAGCAGGACGUCUUCGGCGAUGAGGACAAACUGCCAUCCACGAACCCAGUCGUCUACGACCAGCUGCACCAGAGCCUCCUAAACCAGAAGGAAUACGAUUCGCGUCCGUUGAACCUAGUAGUUGCGUCCGAAUUACUGGACCACCUAAUUGCAGGCCACGAAACGUCAGGAAUCACCUUCACGUACAUGAUGUGGGAGCUAUCGCAGCAUCCAGAGGUUGAGGCCGAGCUGCGAAAGGAACUUCUUACCUUAUCGCCAUCCCUCCAAUACCCAGCCACAGACGGAGAGAAACCCCUCCCCGCUCCUUCCGCGAUCGACGCUCUCCCCCUGCUGGACGCUAUUGUCCGCGAGACUCUCCGUCUUCACUCCCCAGCCCCAACACAACUCCCCCGCGUGACCCCAACCACAGAAAAAGGAACUUCUCUGCACGGAUACGACAGCAUCCCAGGCGGUGUGAGGGUCAGCUCAACAGCCUACUCCCUCCAUCGCAUCAGCGAGGUCUACCCGCGCCCGCUGGAAUGGCUGCCUCGACGGUGGAUCGAGGCAGGAGACAAUAUUCAUGACAUGAGGCGGCUGUUCUGGGCGUUCGGGAGCGGUGGACGCAUGUGUCUGGGGAGUAAUUUCGCAUUGCAAGAAAUCAAAUUGGUCAUGGCGGCUGUAUAUUCAAAUUACACGACGUCUAUUGUCGACGACGAGGGUAUUGAGCAGGACCACGCUUUCAUCUCGCUGCCACGUGGGCGGAAGCUGAUGUUGAGGUUUAUCCCGGUCUAUGAAUGA